AUGGAUUGUGAGAGGGGAGGAAACUAUAAAAGAAAGAAUGUAUCUGAAAGUAAUAAUUCCUCAGGAGACGUUUAUAGGAUUAAAGUUAAAUGUCCUUUUAGGCUGAGAUCUGUGUCAAUUGAUAGCGGUUGGAAGGUGAUAGUUUGGUGCGGGUUGCACAAUCAUAAACUUUACGAGGAUUUAAAAGGCCAUGACAUAUUGGGCUGCCUAAAAGAUUAUGAAAGACGGUUUGUGAGUGACAUGACGAAGUACAACAUGACUCCAAGAUACAUAGUUACCACUUUGAAAGACAAAGAUCUAGAAAAUCUCAUCAGUGUUACCCAGGUGUAUAAAGCCAGAACUACAUACAAUGUAAACAAGAGAAAUACAUUGACAGAAAUGCAAAUGUUGUUGAGUCUUAUUCAUAAAGAAAAAUACACGUGUUGGACUAGAAAUAGGGAAGACUCAAACAUUGUUGCUGGUAUCUUUUGGACACAUUCUGAUUCAGUAAAUUUGUUGAAUAUAUUUCAUUUGGUGUUGAUUUUUGAUUGUACAUACAAGACAAAUAGGUAUCAACUACCACUGCUUGAGAUUGUCGGUGUUACGUCAACAAAAUUGACGUUUUCGGUAGACUUUGCCUAUUUUGAACAUGAAAGGGUGGAAAAGCUCAAAAAGUUGUUCUCUUUCAAGAAUUUGCUACAAAUGGUUGUCGUGACAGACCAGGAACUUGCGUUGAUGGAUGCCAUGGAAAACAACAUCGUAUAUGCUAAUAGAGAAAUUGAGUUUGUCGAACACUUGAAGCACUUUGAGACUGUAUGUGUUGAUAUUCCUUUAUUUGUUAAGUAUGUGACUGAAAUAUGGUUGUCACCUUAUAAAGAAAGGCUUGUUGCUGCUUGA